AUGACGAAGCAACAGUUCUAUCAAAACCAGAUAUCUAAUACACAGUCUAAAUUAGGUUUUAGCGAUGCUAGUGGAUCUAAUACUGUUUUCCUUUUUCCAACCAGUAUAGAUCUUAAAGCACAAGGGUCGAAAGAUGCUGACCCAAUAAAUGUUAUUAUACUUAACUCUUUGGGUAUCGCAUUUGCUGCUUUAACAGUGGUGCUAAUUAUCCUAGCUGGUUAUUUUUCUUGCUGUUAUGGUAAUGAAGAGGAAGAGUACGAUCAAGAAGGUGCUCGGGAGCAUCUGAGAUUGCUUAAAAAUGGGAGCGGCGUAAUGGUAAGUAAUUCAUAUCUUACAUCAAGUCAGGUAAAUACACAAGCUCUUACGGAAAUUGAAAAGGUAGAGCUUGCAAAGAUGUCGCCUUUUGAAGUUGAACUUUACCUUCGUGCUAAAGAAUUUUGCCUGAUUAAUCCUCCUAUGGUGAGAGCGUUUGGGACAUAUACGAGCUUAGAAGACAGGCAGGUUAUUAGAGACAGAGGCAUCCAAGCUUACUACAUGCUACCUUCGAUAAAUGAUAACGUUGAUAUUGAAGGAAACUUUUUGCCCAGUUUUAUUGUACAGGAUAAGCUUAAUAUCACAUUUACGAAGUACAAUAUGUCAUCUUCAUCAAUAUUAAAUUUCCCACUACCAAACAAUAAGCGUGACGCGGUAUAUUUUGAGGUAAAAGUAUUUAGGUUUAAAAAUAACCUAAAGUCAAAUUCCAUAUUCAGUGUAGGUUUGGUAACGUGCCCAUACCCUUACUUCUGUAUGCCAGGGCGGUGCCCAUACUCUAUUGCGUACGAAUCCACUGGGAAACUUCGUAUUAAUAAUGCCUUCUACGCAAGUACGCUUCUUCCAAAAUUACAUGAGGGUGAUGUUGUAGGGAUAGGAUAUAGGUACAGAUCCGGCUGUAUCUUCAUUACACAUAACGGUAAAAAAUUGAUGGAUCUUGCGCAAAAUGUAGGAAUCGAAUUAUUUAUAGGCAUUGGAGCAAUGAAUGCUACCUACACAAGGACGUACACCAGAGAGGGAUUGCUAGAGGAUAUAGACAACGUGGGCUUACGAAAUGAUAUAAUGGAAGUGGAAUUGAACCAAAAGGGGGAUAUAACUGAUAUUCUUAACGAACAGUUAUUAUCCGUUCACGAUCCAAAAACAGAGCAAACAGAAUCAGAUGAAAUUGAACUUCAUCUUAACCUAGGAAGUGUGGGAUUUGUAUUUAUCGAAGCUAAUGUAAAAAAGUAUGCCUUUGGCAGUUUAUAUGGUGAAAUUGGUAUCCCACCUGCAUACAACGGAAAAGAGUGCCAAGACAUAGUGCUUCAGAAGGGUGAUGACAUCCCACCUGUAUAUACUGAUGAUGAAAGCAGCUUUUUUGGAAACAUAAAGGUCAACAUGGGAAAUAAAUCAGAUAAUCCUACUUCGAAGUCUGGUCAGCCUGUCGCUUCUCCAGGUAGCAUAAAAGGCCGCUUACAGUGUGAGCGAAGUUUAAAAUCUUUUAACUUAGACAAUCGCCACAAUGAUAGCGUAGCAGAUUUCGACAAGUUGGAACGAACUAGACUGAUGAUGGAUAAAUUCUUAUCAACAUCCCGUCCAAAGUCUGUUAGGCGCAAAAAGAAGACUAACGGCCGCGGCAGAUCGACCUCUCCAGGGAGAUCUCCAGGAAGGUCUCCAGGAAGGUCGCCCGCACGGUCUCCGGCCAGGUCUCCAGGAAGGUCUCCGGCCAGGUCUCCUGCGAGGUCGCCGAGAGGUUCCCACUUAAUAACGUAA